ACAAGCUGCAAAAUCCAGGAAACGAAGUAGCAUCAGCCGCAAAGAACAAUAAUGCCGGAAUGCCGAUGAGUACGAACGAAGUACCGACACCAGAAGAAGAGGAGAAGCAUACCAUUGGAGAACCAAAAACAGAUAUGGACAGCCUAACGGAGGAAGAACGAGAAGAAGUAAUGAAACUCUUUGAGACGAAGAAAGAACUAUUCGCAGGAAAAACAAAAGAAGAACCAGGAGUUGACAUUCAAGAUAAUGAGGACAGAGUGGUGAUGGUACUGACUGGUGACAUCAUGACCGCAAGUUGUGAUGAUCCGGGAGGACCUAAUAAAAAGGCAAAUCGAGAGUUAGCCAGUGACAACCAUGUGAAGAAUAGCAAGGAAGAAAUGAAAAAUAAUAACCUUGCAGAGAUAAGAGAACUAAGAACUAAUUCCUGA